GACCGGUGUGACACAAUGUAGACGGAUCAUGUUUUGUUAGGUUAAGUAGCAGUAUAAGCAAAAUGGAUUUUUAAGAAAAGAGCCCUAAAUUCCGGAUUAUUCCGCAGAUAGUCGAUGUAUCACGAUUGACUGUUAAGUUCUUGAAUCAACAGCCAUAUAUUGUAUAGCUUGUAAAAUUCAUGUCUGACCAAUCAGUGACAAUCUUACUGAUCACGUGGAUCUGUCGAUUGAUUUGCUAACUGCGCAUUCGUAUUUACGUCAGUGGCUGUAAAGGUUGAGUUGAUUUAUAUGAAGUAAUCGGAGUAUAGGCAUUUAAAACACCACAUACUACAAUGUCCACGUGCAAAGCGGUCGUGUUGGCGGUGAUUCUUGCGCUGUGCACGGGUAUCUCGAGGGGCCAGUGUCCAGCGACGUGCCAUUGCGACGGAACUGUCGUAAGAUGCAAAGGACAACAGCUGUUGACCAUACCCCUUUCCCUACCGGACGCUACCACUUACUUGGAUUUAUACAACAACUCUAUCGCAUCCCUUCCUGCGGAUGCAUUACAAAGACUGACAAACCUAAAAACACUGGGUUUAGGCAGCAACAGGAUCGCAUCCCUUCCUGCGAAUGGAUUUGAAGGACUGCGGAACCUUCAGACAUUGUAA